AUGGCGGCUCUUAGGGCUGCCACUAUCUACAAAACAGCCAAGCAACCUGGUAUACUCGCCAUCCCUAGAGACGGCAAGUCUGUGACAUGGUCGCCAGACCAGCCCUCAGGAGCGCCUCCGAGCCUCACAAUACCCGUCCAGGACAUUUCGAAUCUGCAGAAGACACCGGACACGGCAAAAAAGGCUAUGCUGAAGAUUUUCGCGAAAGGCUCGAACGAUGCAAAUGCUGUCGAUCACACCUUCACCUUCACAUCUGUUGAUUCGCGAACUGAAAUCGAGGCCAUCACAGAUCGAAUACGCAAGAUCAUUGAUGAUCACAAGAAGGGGCAGCUCGCGGCAGCAAGCGGCAGUGGCCAGUCUGCGGCGAUGACGAUUGCGAAUGCGGUCUCUGGUGGCAGAAAUAACGGGCCGAUCUGGGAGGAUGACGACAGACUCAAAGCCGACGUGAGACUACAGCAGUCCUUGAUGCAGCAGGACGCGUUACUCGGCAGGACCUUCAGAGAAGCACUGAGCGAAAAGCCAGACUCGAUCACGAGUCUCCAAUUCACACAACAAUUCUGGGCGUCCAGAGUCCAUCUACUGCGAGCACACGCACUAUCACAACACCAAGAUCGGGGCAGGUCCAAUGUUUUCUCAGAUAUCGGCGCGAUAGGUAGUGGUAAGACGGUCAGCAUCACGAGCGAGCAGAUUCAUAUCAUCUUCGAGCAGUACCCGUUAGUCAGAAGAGUCUACGACGAGCUCGUGCCGAAGCGGUACAAUGAAGCCUCAUUCUGGAAGCGCUUCUUCCAGUCACAGCUAUACCUCAACCUGCGUGGUAUGAAAACAGACGACCGGAUCAACCGCAAGGACGACUACAUAGACUCAGACCAGUACCUCAACGCACCCGAGCUGACCGGCCUACGACCCACAGCUCCAGAGCUACACAUUGCCAAAUUCAUUGACCUAGAAGGAAACGAAGAAAACCACAGUCAACGCCAAGGCAACAAGCCAAACAUCGAGGACCAGCAAAGCAGCCUGGAAAAUGCGCCAGUCAUACGGAAACUCAACGCCCUAAGCGAGAAGCUCAUGGCAUCCGUGCGACCAGCCGACACCGAUGUAGCAGCACCCAUCGGCAGCACAGAAGCUGAAUAUGACCAACUCCGCCUGCGCGAUCUCGAAGGCGACCCCGAACAACACCGCAUAGUCCUCAACAUCCGCGACCAACGCCGCUUCUUCGGCGACACCCAAUCCUCCAAAAAGGACACUUCCAACCCAUUCACCACCAUUGACCCCGCCAAAGCCCUCAAACUCGUCCUCGAAGACAUCCGCACCGCCUUCCCCUCACCCGGCGCGACCAAUCCCAAUCCCAGACCACGAUGA